AUGGCACCUCCUCAAGAAGCUCUCGACUUUAUUGAGUUCGUCAAUGAGUCGCCAACCCCUUAUCAUGCCGUCCAGUCUGCCUCGACUCGCUUCGAAAAGGCCGGUUUCAAGCUUAUCCGUGAGCGCGACUCUUGGGCUUCCACCCUCCGACCUGGCGGCAAAUACUACCUCACCCGCAAUGCUUCGACUAUCGUAGCCUUCACUAUCGGUCGAAAGUGGCGCCCUGGAAACCCUGUCGCCAUCAUUGGAGCCCAUACCGACUCUCCCUGCCUUCGACUGAAGCCCGUAUCUAAGAAGAGCAACGUUGGUUACCUCCAGAUCGGCGUUGAGACAUAUGGCGGCGGUAUCUGGACCUCUUGGUUCGAUCGCGACUUGAGUAUCGCCGGCCGUGUCCUGGUCAAGGAGGGCGACAACUUUGUUUCCAAACUCGUCAAGGUUGACAAGCCUUUGGUUAGAAUCCCAACCCUCGCCAUUCAUCUCCACCGGCAGACCAACUUCGACCCCAACAAGGAGACCGAGCUUUUCCCCAUUGCAGGACUUGUUGCAGCUGAGCUGAACAAGGGCACAAAGGAUGAGAAGCCCGAGGAGAAGAAGGGUGACAAUGAGGAGGAUGAGGAGUUCAGGCCUCUCAAGGUCAUGGCUGAGAGACACCACCCUCAGGUCCUUGACGUUAUUGCAGCUGAGGCGGGAGUCGAGGUUUCUGCGAUUAUAGAUUUUGAGCUGGUUCUCUACGAUACUCAAAAGUCAUGCAUUGGUGGCCUUAGCGACGAGUUUAUCUUUUCCCCUCGUCUCGAUAACCUUGGCAUGACAUACUGCUCAGUAGAGGGACUUAUCGAGUCCGUCAAGGAUGAGUCCUCACUUGAGGAAGAUAGCACCAUCCGAUUGAUCGUUUGCUUUGAUCACGAAGAGAUUGGCUCGACCUCGGCUCAGGGUGCAAACUCCAACCUGUUGCCAUCGGUCAUCCGUCGUCUCUCUGUUCUUCCUGGAAAGGACACUGCUAGUGAAGGUAGCUAUGAGGCUGUCCACCACGACAACGAGGAGGCCACAGCAUACGAGCAGACUCUAUCACGAUCUUUCCUCGUAUCUGCUGAUAUGGCCCACUCUGUGCAUCCCAACUAUGCUGGCAAAUACGAGUCUUCGCAUCAGCCAGCCAUGAACGGCGGAACUGUUAUCAAGAUCAACGCCAACCAGCGAUACGCCACCAACUCCCCAGGAAUAGUACUCCUUCAGGAGUGUGCUCGCACAGUCGGUGUUCCUCUUCAGCUCUUUGUCGUCCGCAACGAUUCGCCCUGCGGUAGCACCAUCGGACCCGGUCUCGCCGCCGCCCUUGGCAUGAGGACUCUGGACCUCGGCAACCCGCAGCUCAGCAUGCACAGCAUUCGUGAGACGGGAGGUACUGCCGAUGUCGCAUACGGUAUCAAGCUGUUCAAGGGAUUCUUUGAGAACUAUGGAUCCCUGGAGCCCAAGAUUCUCAUCGAUUAA